AUCAAUAUUUACAAAAACAUCGCGAAGCACGGCUUGACGAACAUUUGGAUGACUGCUUGACUGCCCAAAAAGCUUGGCGAUGGAGAAGUUUGAUGACGAUUCCAGCAAAAAAACAAGUGAAGCUGAGCCUGUUAAUGUGCAGAGCCUCUACACAACCCUUGGCCUGUCAUCAGAAGAUGUGGAUGCCCUUGCGAAGAUUCCCGAAAGUGAAAUCAGCGUAGAGACGCUUCCUUUUCUGAUCAUGCAGAUCAAAACGAAGAAAGCCACCGACACGUCGUCCAGCGCAGACACCGACCACAAGGACAAGUCCAAAGAUUCAGAGGAAAAGCAGGAAACACCCGAGAGCUGCACCGAUGCUGCUAAACCCAAGAGCAAGAGUCCCCCAAAAGUCCCGCAAAAGCGCUCUGGCAGCCACGAGCAAAAAAAGAAGGCAGAGAGUCAUAAGAAGACUGAGAGGCACUCCGGAGGAAGAAGAGACUCGAAGUACAGCUCGUCCCGAGAAAAACAAAGCGGGGAUCAUGCGGCUGCGGAGACGGAGUGUGCCGACAACCCAACCGUUUUCCCACAUGAAUGCACUCGUUGCAAAUGUGUGGUGAACUCUAUAAAGACAUGGAAAGAGCAUCUUUCAGGUUCUCGCCACAAAUCACAUGACUCACAGUCCUCUCAACGAAGUUCUCGCCCACAUCCACCUCCCAAAAGACCCUACAGCUCCGACCCUUUCGCAGGGGAUUCGUUCACUUCAGGCAUGCCAGACCACCUGUUCCCUCCUAAGCCCAACACCAGAGUGGUGGUUGCCAAAUUCCCUAUGGGCGCUGUGACCGUGGAGGACCUUUUGGUGCUUGGCAAACCAUUCGGCACUGUUGUGAAACACCUGGUGUUGCCAGCAAAGGGUUUUCUGGAGUUCAGUGCUCACAAGGAGGCUGUGAAUAUGGUCAAUCAUUUCCAGCAGAAACCCGCCUUCGUCAAAGACACUCGAGUCGGGCUGUAUUUAUCACCUAGAGUGGAAGGCAUCCAUUCACCACCCAAAUAUGAUGAGCCUGUGCCCAAACGACUAAAGCGCACAAAUAAUCCUUCAGUGGUUUGUUUUUCGCAUUUGCCUCCCGGGGAGGACAAUCAAGCUGAAGUGCUGGAGCUCGCGGCCAUGUUUGGGGAGGUGUGGCAGUCAAAGUUCUUAGACGGAAAGGCCUUGAUCGAGAUGGUUGACUGGCGUGAUGCUGACAUCAUGGUGAAGUAUUAUUACAGUAACCCUCUGAAGAUUCAGGGCAAAAGCAUCAAAGUGACUAUGUCCUACAUCAAAAGCCUGCGAGAAAUGCCAGGCGAGCUCACACCCAGAAAAUCUGACUCGGGCAAACACAGCAGACAAAAGGAGGAGUCCAGCGUCAAGGACAAAGCUGACGACACCAACCAGGAAUCCUCUGAGAAAGAAACCAAGACAAUAAAAACCCCAGAGCAGAGUCAAGAGGAGGGAAUUCAGCUGGAGGAGGGAACUGACGGCAGUGUGGUCAAGACUGAGGAGGAAGAGGAGAAGGUAGAGGAAGAAGACAAGCAGGAAGAGGGGGAGGAAGUGCAGGAAGAGCAGGAAAAGAUGGAGGUGGGGGAGGAGGAGGAAGAGAAGGGGAAGGAAGAAGACGAGGAGUUGGAAGUGACUGAGGAGCUGGAGUUGACAGAGGAGCCUUCAGUAGCCAAGGAAGAGAACAGAGACCAGGAGUCAGAGCACAAUCCAGAAGAACAGGAUGAUAUGGAAUUUCCAGAGGACAUAGAAGAUUUUGUUACAUUAGAUGAACUGGACAACACUGCAGGAGGAGAUUCAGCUUUAGAUUCAUCUGAGCCGCAGGAUGGUAAAGUAGUGGUCAUAUGGCCUAUAAAGAAAAGCCCAGCAGAGACUAUGAGGGAGCUGAUCAGUAAUCUUUCCGAUCUCUGUGUACCCUUCGGCGGCCUUGUGAGAUAUACCUUGUCUAUAAUCAAACAACAGGCUAUGCUUGAACUGGAAACAGUUGAAAAAGCCCAGGAAAUGGUGAAGUUUUACAAAAGUCACAAGGCGAUGAUAAAUGGCAGACCGGUGUCUGUUACCAUGUGCUUUGCCAUGACAACAAUUGAGGUCCCUAGUGGAAGAACCGUGUUCAUGGGCAAUCUGCCUAACAAGUGGUACAUGCGGCAGAAAUACAAACAAUCAACCCUUUUGAGAAUGGCCAAGCGUUAUGGAAACCUGACUGGUUUCUGUCUGAACAGACAUCAAGGGAUGUGUUAUGUGCAGUUUGACAGUUCGGAGUCUGCUGAACAUAUGGUUGCGCAGUACAGACGACGGCGUCGCAGCUUUUCAGUGUUUGGCCAAAUACUGAAUGUUGCUAUUUGCAAGAUCGGAGACUCUCAGAUUCAGUGGAGGGACCCUGUCGCUGAGGAAGAAACUUCCAGAAACAGCGGCCCGGAGCAAGACACUGAGGAGAAAGAGUCAAAAGAUAAUGGCCAAACAACUAAACCAAGCACUGAUGGAAAUGGCAAGGCAAGAAAGAGGGGCGCAAAACAGAAUCAGCAAAGGCCUGCACCUGAGUGUGAAGGUGUUGGUGGAGAUCCAGAUUCUGAAAUAAUAAGCGAAGAGGAUGGUCAUGAGGAAAAAAACCCAUUGGAGCCUUACCAACCUGACCAGACUUUUGGUGUGAGCUACGUCAUCCCAGUGACUGGUUUCUUCUGCAAACUGUGUAACAUGUUCUACACAGAUGAGAAUAAAGCAAAAUCAGAGCACUGCCGCAGCCUUGACCACUACAACAACCUCAAGCUUAAACAUGCCGUAGAGGAACAGGCAGACGGUCAGCCAGAUGGCGAGUGAAGAAAAAAGGUGAAAGCAAGAAGACAAAGACAUCAUGCUUUUGAUUCAUUACGUUUUCUUUUAUUGUUUUCAUUCCAGUUUAGCUUCCAUACUCUUUCUGUUUUUAUGUUUUGUUUUUUUUCUGAAAGUGCUACAAGCGUAAAUGUGUGUGUGAGUGUGUGUGUGUGUGUGUGAGAGAGAGAUGCGUGUGAAGAAGAAUGUGAAGUCAUUGUGAUGAUUUAGAUGUGUUUUUAGUAAGCAGAAAGAACAUGUAUAUCAGCUCAAGGAGAGUAUUAUGCUAAACUCUUCAAAUAAACUCCAUUUUGUUUAC